GUUUUCUGGACUCAUGAACAAGUGCUUCUGUCAAUCAAGACUCGAACAAGAUGGCAGACAAAGGGAGCUGGGCUUUAGCAAUAACAGUCUGCGCAGCUGGUUUUCUGUCGGUCCGGGCUGACAGCAUCACAGAGACUCCGGCGGGUCAGCUCUUCGUCUAUGAGCUGCACAGAGAGGUCUUCCAGAGUGAAUUUGAGCCGUUUCAUAAAGUCUUCGGUCAUAUCUAUAAUGAUCCCAUGGUGUUUAAAUGCAAUAAGGAGCGGUUCCCGGACCUGCCCCGCUGGCUCCGCUUCACCCAGAGAGACCCGUAUGAGAACGGAUUCCUGUACGGGACGCCGCUGCCGCAGGACCAGGGCAGGAACAUCAUCGAGAUUUUCGUGAUCAACAAGCGGAGCUAUGACACGUUUAAAGAGCGUCUGGUGAUAAACGUGGGUCCUGCAGUGAAGCAGAUGCCGUAUCAGGCUGAGUUCUUCAUAGAGCUGAGAGAGAUUGAGAAAGUGCUGCCCGCUGCUGUCCAGGAGGAGAUCCGACUGGACAUCCAGAACCUGUGGGGAACCGGCAGACUGGACUUCAUCAACAUCAGCUCCGCUCUGGACCGAGGCGGCCGCGUUCCUCUGCCUCUGCCGGGGCACUUCGAGGGUGUGUAUGUGAAGCUGGGUUCAGACCGGCCCUUUUCCAAAUGCAUGCUGCGUCUGGAUUCGGCGGAGCAUCGGAGCGAGUGUGCAUCCGGAGGGAAGAUCAGCGGAGACUGCAGCACCUGCUCGAACCCUUCCAACUGCAUCAGCUGGUGUAGAUCUGCCCUGCUGGAUCUGUCCAAGCCUGUCCCUCCGGCUCCGGCCCCGACCGCGGGCCCCGGGGUCCUGCCCUGGGCUGGAGAGUUCAGUCCUCCAGAGUCUCCUCCGGACAGAGACUUCUUCCCCGGCUACAUCGUGACCAUCAUCGUUCCCCUGGCUCUGGUUCUGAUCUUCUGUCUCGUCCUGACCUACAUCAUGUGCUGCAGGAGAGAGGGAGUCCUGAGACGAAACGCCAAGACUCUCGAUCUGCAGCUGUAUCAUCACCACACGAUCCAGGGGAACGCCAGCGAGCUGCGACGGAUGGCCGGCGGGGAGCGGAGCACCGUGGACCGUCCUCGCCAGUGUUUACAGCCGCUCCUGAUGGCCGAGCAGGCCAUGGCCCAGAGCUGAUUAACAGCUGCUGUCUGUGCAAAUGGGUUUAAGCCUCACUAUUUGUGUCUUGCUUUUGUGUGUUCACCUAAUAAUUCACCCAGACAUGUUGUUACAAAACCAUAUGUGUCCCUGCAGCACAGAAGCAGUCAUAAGCAGCACAGCUAUAUUUGUAGCAAUAGCCAACAAUACAUUGUAUGGGUCAAAAUUAUACAUUUUUCUUUUAUGCCAAAAAUCAUUAGGAUAUUAAGUAAAGAUCAUGUUCCAUGAAGAUACUUUGUAAAUUUCCUACCGUAAAUAUAUUAAAACUUAAUGUUUGAUUAAUAUGCAUUAAGAAAUUCAUUUGGACAACUUUAAAGGAUAUUUUCAGAUUUUCAGAUGUUGCAUAAAUCUCAAUUUCACAAAAAUUGACCCUUAUGACUGGUUUUGUGUUCUAGGGUCACAUAUGCUGAUGUAUUUGCCGUGAAAAACAAAAGGAGGACUUCUGAAGAAUCUUUACACGGCUCUUUUCCGUUCAGCACACAUUGUUAAUCUCCAGAAACAAGGACAAAAACACCAUGAAGCACAAAUCAUAAAAUCAUAAGUCCAUAUGAGCCAUGCUGCUGUGCAGUGUAUUUCGAGUGAUUUGAAGUCUUUGUGUGAUGAACUAAAUUAAUUGGAAUCUGUUCUUCACACAAAGCUGUGCUUCUUGAGUCACAUGCAUCGCUUUUAGUAAGGACCAUGAAUAUCACGGUCAGUUUGCAUUGGUUUAACCCUCUGUAUUUGAUCCAAAAUACAGCAAAAGCAGUAAUAUUGUGAAAUAUUUUUACUAUUUAAAAUAACUGUUUUCUGUGUGAAUAUGUGUUAAACUGUAAUGUAUUUCUGUGAUGCGCAGCUGUAUUUUCAGCAUCAUUACUGCAGUCUUCAGUGUCACAUGAUCUUCAGAAAUCAUUAUAAUAUGCUGAUUUGCUGCUCAACAAACAUUAUUAUUAUUAUUAUUAUCAAUAUUUAAAACAAUUGAGUAAAUUUUUUUCAGGAUUCUUUGAUGACUAGAAAGAUCCAAAGAUCAACAUUUAUCUGAAAUAAAAAGCUUUUGUGACAUUAUACACGAUACCAUUCAAAAGCUUGGAGUCAGUAUGAAUUUUUAUUUUUAUUUACUUUUGGGGAAAGAAAUGAUAGAAAUGAAUACUUUUAAUGAUGAUAAAGACAUUUUAUAAUGUUGCAAAAGAUUUUUUGAAAAAAAUGCUGUUCUUCUGAACUUUCUAUUCAUCAAAGAAACCUGAAAAAUAAUAAUAAAAAACCUGAUGAUAAUAAUAAUAAUAAUAAUAAUAAUAAUAAUAAUAAUAAACGUUUCUCGAGCAGCAAAUCAGCAUAUUGGAAUGAUUUCUGAAGAUCACGUGACACUGAAGACUGCAGUAAUGAUGCUGAAAAUACAGCUGCGCAUCACAGAAAUAAAUUACAUUUUAGAAUAUAUUUAAAUAUAUAGAAAGCAGUUAUUCCGUUCAAAAUCUUUUUGAAAAAAAAAAUCAAGAACAAAUAUUAUUGAAACGAAAUAUAGUUAUUUCAUCAAAACUUUCUGUCUUUUAUCUGUUUUGAGCGCUGAGGAGUGAGGAAUACCAGAGAGUUAAAGAGUUGGAGUGUUGUUCUGAUACCAAUCCAGAAUCCUCUCUAUACUCCAGACCCUCUACAGUGUGCAGGGAACAUGAUCUUUCUUUGGAGUUUGGAUCAGUGAUGUCUGUCACUCUGAUAUAAACUGUAAGACUGUAUGUGGUGUACAAUGUGGUUUGAUGUGGAAAACAUACUAUUUUGAUUCUGUGCAUGUUGGAUAACGUGUAUCCCUUUGUCUGCAUUUAACAUUAAAUACUUCCAUUAGUCU